AUGUACAGUAGAAACUUGAUUUUAAAAUCAACAACCUUUAUUCCUUCCAGAACUGUCUUCAAUGUUGCUACAAAACUCACGAAGGAGCCUAAGUUUGAUAACUCGUUUAUCACCCACCCAACUUUCCAACACCCUAAAGAAGAAAAAGCUGAGUUGGAGUCGAUUCUGUUUGACCAUAGAGUGCCUAUAACCGUCAGUGACAAAAUUGCUAGUGGAGCCAUUCAGACCUUCAGAUCUUGUUUCGACUUCUUUACGGGAUAUAAGCAUCCUACUAAAGGAGUUUCUUAUGAGGGAACCCGGUUUGAGAUGACAGAAAGUAAAUGGCUUACGAGAUGUAUAUUUUUGGAAAGUGUGGCAGGGAUUCCUGGAAUGACAGCUGCUUUCAUUCGUCAUUUACACUCAUUAAGGUUAUUGAAAAGAGAUAAGGCUUGGAUUGAGACCUUGCUCGAUGAAGCUUACAACGAACGCAUUCAUUUAUUGACCUUUAUUAACCUCGGAAAACCUUCGUGGUUUACCAGGUUCUUUAUAUUUAUGGGCCAGGGAGUUUUCUGCAAUAUUUUCUUCUUCAACUAUUUAUUCUUCCCUAAGUUCUGCCAUAGAUUUGUGGGGUAUUUGGAAGAAGAAGCUGUCAGCACUUACUCCCACUUUAUCAAAGAGUUGGAUGCGGGAAAGUUAAAGAAGUUUGACGAUAUGGCGAUUCCACCAGUGGCCAUACAGUAUUAUGGUACUCUAGAUGAAAAGUCCACCAUUAGAGAUUUAAUCUUGUGCGUUCGUGCCGACGAAGCCAAACACCGGGAAGUGAACCAUACAUUUGCCAACUUGAGUCAAAAGACUGAUAGAAACCCUUAUGCGUUGGUGAUGGGUGAGGAACAGCCCUCCAACGACUUGAAGUAUCAUCAUCCAACGGGUUGGGAAAGAAAAGAUAUUAUUAUGAAGUAG